AUGGAAUCCAACCCAGACUCAGCAACCUUGGCCCAGCAAGUUCAAGCCCUUGCAGCCACCAUUGAGGAACUCACCAGACAGAACCAGGAAAUGAAGCUGCGGCUCCAGCAGGUUCAACAAGCUCAACAAGAAGAAAUCCGGUCCAAGGGUAACACGGAGGGAGAGGGAGAGGGGGAUAGCCAGCAGAGGGAAAUCCCCCGGAGACCAACUACUCCGGACGAACAGAACUCAGAUCUUCUUCGGGAAAUGAGGAAAGAGAUGGACGAAUUAAGGAGCGCUAUCAAGGAAAAGACGGACCGGAGUGUAGACAAAAUGGUAAAGGCUACAGAUUCGCCCUUCACUGCAGCAGUACUCGAUUGCCCCGUGCCGUCCAAGUUUCGCCUGCCUCAAUUAGAGCCAUUCGACGGACUCAAGAACCCUCAGGAUCAUCUUAAUACCUUUAAGACGACUUUGGGUCUCCAGCAGCCACCCGACGAGAUAUUGUGUCGUUCCUUCCCUACGACUCUCAAAGGAGCCGCAAGAGAGUGGUUUACUAAGUUACCAAACUCGUCCAUAGAUAACUUCAGUCAGCUGAGUAGUGCUUUUUUGCGCCACUUCAUAGGGGGACAACGCCCAAGGAGGCCAGUAGAUUAUUUACUCACCAUAAGACAGGGAGAGAAGGAGACUCUGAGGUCAUAUGUCAAGCGAUUCACCUGGGAAACUCUGGAAGUGGACGAAGCUGAUGACAAGGUGCAGCUGACGACCUUCAAAGCAGGGUUGAGAUCCAGAGACCUUGUGGCCUCUCUUGCAAAAAACCCCCCGAAGACAAUGGCUGAGAUGCUCUUGAAGGCACAAAAGUACAUGAAUGCGGAGGAUGCUCUAGCUGCCAUAAAAGGUGCUGAGAGACUAGGGGACAAGUCCAAAGGAGAAGACGACCGCAGAGGGCAAAAGAGAGACAGACCCGAACGUCGGAACAACGAUGGGAAUAGACGGAGAGACGACAAAAAUCCUCGUCAGGUGAAAUUCCCAACAGACAACGGCGUGGGUGAAGUGAAGGGUGACCAAGUCCUGGCAAGGGAGUGCUAUCAAGCCGUACUGGCAAAAAAGGAAAACCACACGUGGACGAUCGAAGAAAAAGAGGAGGACGCGAUGGAGACCCUGGAAAUAGUAGAGUUGGUGGAAGGAAAUACGGACAAGACGACCAGGAUAGGGACGAUGUUAAGCCCCGAGAUGAAGACGAAGCUCAUAAAAUUCCUUAAGGGGAACCUAGAUGUCUUUGCAUGGAGUCACGAGGACAUGCCAGGCAUAUCUCCAGAAGUUAUCCAGCAUAGGCUGAAUGUGGACCCCAGUAGGAAGCCCAUUCAGCAACGACGAAGAACCUUCGCUCCAAAACGAGAUCAGGCAGUUGCAGAGGAAGUAACCAAACUCUUGACGGCUGGAUUCAUACGGGAAGUAUAUUAUCCAGAAUGGCUCGCCAACGUCGUCCUAGUGAAGAAAGCGAACGGAAAGUGGAGAAUGUGUGUAGACUUCACCGACCUGAACAAAGCAUGCCCAAAGGACAGCUUCCCUCUACCAAGGAUAGACCAGCUCGUGGACUCCACCGCCGGACAUAAGCUGCUGACAUUCAUGGACGCCUUUUCAGGGUACAACCAGAUAAAGAUGGCUGAAGAAGAUCAGGAGAAGACUGCCUUCAUCACGAGCCAAGGACUCUACUGUUAUAAGGUGAUGCCUUUUGGGUUGAAAAAUGCUGGAGCUACGUACCAAAGAUUGGUGAACAAAAUGUUCAGCCAACAGAUUGGCAGGAACAUGGAAGUAUACGUGGACGAUAUGCUCGUCAAGAGCGAGGAGGAGCUCGCUCACCUGGACGACCUGCAGGAGACUUUUGCAACCCUGAGAAAGCACCAGAUGAAGUUGAAUCCAAGCAAGUGUGUUUUUGGGGUAGCCUCGGGUAAGUUCUUGGGAUUCAUGGUAUCCCAGAGAGGAAUAGAAGCAAAUCCAGAGAAGGUACGAGCUAUCAUCGACAUGGCUUCACCUAAGACCGUCAAGGACGUGCAAAAACUUACAGGAAGGAUAGCAGCCCUGAACAGGUUCGUCUCUAGGGCCACAGACAAAUGCCUACCCUUCUUCAAAAUCCUCAAGCAGGCCUUUGCUUGGACCGACGAAUGCGAAACAGCAUUCCAGGAGCUGAAGCAAUACCUGAGCAGUCCACCUCUCCUAAGCCCGUCCAAAGGAGGGGAGAACUUAUACUUAUACUUGGCAGUAUCAGCCUCGGCAGUAAGCGCAGCCUUGAUCAGAGAAGAAUGUAAGAAGCAACUCCCGGUGUACUACGUCAGCCAAGCCUUUCAAGGAGCUGAAUUCAGGUACCCAAGGAUCGAAAAGAUUGUGUUUGCACUUAUAGUAGCCUCGCGCAAGCUCAGGCCGUAUUUCCAGUCAAAUCCUAUCCUCGUGAUGACGGAUCAACCAAUUAAGAAAUCAAUGAACAAACCAGAAGCCGCAGGGAGAAUGGUCCAAUGGGCAGUCGAACUCAGCCAAUUUGACAUCGAGUACCAUCCAAGAGCAGCUAUCAAGGCACAAGCUCUGGCUGACUUCAUCGCCGAAUUCACUCUGCCAGACGAAGAUGGAACUACUGACGAAGUCGAUAAAUGGACAAUACAGACAGAUGGUUCGUCAGCCCAAAAGAGAGGGGGAGUAGGGGUCGUCAUAACCACCCCUGACGGAGAAGUGAUAAAGUAUGGGGUUCACCUGAAGUUCCCAGCCACCAAUAACGAAGCCGAGUAUGAAGGAAUACUGACGGGCUUGAGGCUUGGGAAAGCUCUUGGGGCCAAAAAUUUGCUAAUCCAGAGUGAUUCAAAGCUGAUAAUCGGACAGAUCAGUGGAGAAUACGAGGCAAAGGAAGAAAGGAUGCAGAAAUACCUUAAACUGACAAGGCAACUAACCCAAGAGUUCGACACAGUGGAGUUCGUCCAGAUACCAAGAAGCCAGAAUGUUGGGGCCGACAAAGUAUCGAAACUAGCGUCGUCAGAAGAAGGAAAGGCGAGCACAGACAUGACAAUAGAGAUCCAGAAACACCCGAGUAUUGAAGAGGUUGUGGCGUUCUCCAUCCAGAGCACAGGCACCUGGAUGACGCCCAUAAUAUCCUUCCUCCAGGAUGGGCAUCUACCUCAGAAUACUGACGAAGCCAGAAAGGUGAAGAAGAGAGCAGCCAGGUUUACGAUCCUGAAUGACGUCUUGUACAAGAGAGGCUUCUCUAUGCCUUAUCUAAAGUGCGUUGACGAGGACGAGGCCAAAUACAUCCUAGAAGAGGUACAUGGAGGAAUCUGUGGCAACCAUGCCGGCUCCAGAUCCCUAGUCCACAAGGUGAUAAGAGCGGGGUAUUUUUGGCCAACCAUGCAGGGAGAUGCUGCUGAUAUCGUCAGAAGGUGCGACAGAUGCCAGCGGUAUGGGAACGUGCAGCGGCUCCCAGCGGAGAAAAUGACGACCAUAGCCUCCCCAUGGCCGUUUGCACAAUGGGGAAUCGAUAUCGUCGGUCCUCUGCCCCAAGGUAAAGGUCAGUUCGACAGCCAAGGCUUCAGAGACUUCUGCUCGGACCUCGGGAUCAAGAAUCAGUUCUCAUCCCCUGGACAUCCUCAGGCAAACGGACAGACGGAAGUAACGAACAGGACGCUGCUCAAGAUAAUCAAAACCAAGCUGGACGAAGCAAAAGGUGCCUGGCCAGAAGAACUACCCAGUGUCCUGUGGGCGUAUAGGACUACAGCCAGAACCCCAACAGGAGAGACACCCUUCAGGCUUACCUAUGGCACAGAGGCAGUAAUCCCAGUAGAAGUUGGGGUAACAAGCAUCAGACGAGGGACUUUCAGAGAUGGACCCAAUGACGAGGGACUGCGGUUGAACUUGGAUUGCCUGGAUGAAGUAAGAGAUAAUGCGUCCGGUAGAAUGACGAAGUAUCAAAAAAAGAUGGCCGAGUACUACAAUAAGAGGGUUAAACUCAGGCGUCUGGACAUAGGGGACCUCGUCCUUCGCAAAGUCACUAUAGCGACUAAAGACCCCACUCAAGGGAAGCUGGGCCCUACAUGGGAAGGGCCUUAUCGCGUCAUCCAUUAUUCGAGGCAAGGAAGUUACCACCUGGAAACUAUGGACGGACAAAAGCUCCCUCGUCCAUGGAACAUUGAACACUUAAAGAAAUACCAUGAGUAA